UUCUCAAUGCCCAUGCAGAUCAGAGGGAGGGAAACACCAGCUGCAGUGAGAGGAGGAGCUACAGUGGAAAGAGGAGAGCUUACACGCGGCACGCCACAGGAAACGAAAGUUAAGUUAGUCAGAGAGGCAGCCACACUGCAGUCGAGACUAGUCUCUGUUUCUGUCUAAAGAAAAUACAAACUGAGUUCAUCAGAUCUUUCUCAACAACACAGCAGAGUCUCUGUCAAACACUGACAUUACCCACAGGAGUGUCUUGCCCAAGGACACAACGGCCUGACGCAGUGGCGGCCGAGGCGGGAUUCAAACUGGAGUUCCCCCCUUGAUCUGAUGACCAACGCUCUAACCACUGCGCCAAAACUUCCCCAACUUGAAACUGAAUCUCUGUGAUAUGGCUAGCUGUCUUCUAUCAGAAGAUCAGUUUCUCUGCUCCGUCUGUCUGGAUUUGUUCACUGUUCCAGUCACUAUACCAUGUGGACACAACUUCUGCAAGAACUGCAUCACUGAACACUGGGAUACAAGUGAAAAGUGCCGGUGUCCCUUGUGUAUGGAGGCGUUUACCAUAAGACCUGGUUUGAGAGUCAACACUUUACUUUCUGAAACGGUUGCUAAGUUCAUAGAGGAAGCUAAACAGGAAGCUGAACAGGAAGCUAGAAGCAGCAGCAGCUCAGAGCAACAAGUCUUCAAACCAGGGGAAGUUCCCUGUGACAUCUGCACUGAAACCAAACUGAAGGCCCUGAAGUCCUGCCUGGUGUGUCGGACCUCAUACUGUGAGACUCACCUGGAGCCUCAUCUGACAGCCUCAGGCCUGAAAAGACAUCAGUUGAUCGACCCUGUGGAGAAGCUGGAAGACAGGAUGUGUCCGAAGCACGAUAAACCUCUGGAGCUGUUCUGUAAGACCGACCAGACAUGUGUCUGCAUUAUCUGCCAUGUUUCAAACCACAAGAUGCAUGAUGUGGUUCCUCUGAAAGAAGGAUAUGAUGAAAAGAAGGCAGCGAUGGUGAAGGCAGAUGCUGAAUCUCAGCAGAUGAUCCAGACAAGAAGAAAGAAGAUCAAGGAGUUCAAAGAAUCAGUUGACUUGAGUGAAAAAGAUGCAGACAGAGAGAUAACAGAAGGUGUUCAAGUCUUAACUGCUCUGAGGGAUUCUGUUGAGAGAGGACUGAACCAACUUAUCGACACGGUUAGAAUGAAGCAGAAAACAACAGAAAAACAGGCCAAGACUUUCAUCAAAGACCUAGAGCAAGAAAUCUCUACGCUGAAAAAGAGAAGCGCUGAGAUAGAGCGUCUUUCACACUGUGAUGAUCACCUUCAUUUUCUCCAAGGUGUCCAGUCCCUAAAAAUCCAACACCGACCACCCACCAAGAACUGGACAAAUAUCAGCUUUCAUCCAUCAUAUGAGGGCAGUGUGAGGAGAGCUGUGGCUGAGUUGAAAGACUCAAUAAGUGCCCCCGUAACACUGACUUUUGACCGCCCUGUGAAAAUGAAAAAAAUGAAGAAAAAAAAAACCUUUCCUGGCUGACGGAAUAGGCGGAACUAACGCGAUUCUAGUCUGACCCAUUAGAGCGUAAAAACUGUAACUAUAAGUAUCUGAAACAAAUAUCAAUAACUGUAUUGCAUUGUUUUCUUAUGCGCAAUUACUUAAUACUAGGGGUGUAACAGUUCACAAACAUUUCGGUUCGGUACGUACCUCGAUUUUUAGGUCACGGUUCGGUUCGGUACGUUUU